CACAGAUCGUCACCUGUGUUAUUCCGGGCUCAGAACCGCGACUUAUCAGGUACUUAUAGGGUAAUCGAUACUACGUACCCCUCUGUCAGCUGCCCUGGUUUGGAGAUAUUUAACCUACGAUUCCGACCAUUCCAUCCUGGGGACCUCUCCACUCUUCAGUUUCCUCUAUCUGUUUGUUUACUCCCUAUUGAGAACAUCAGGGUGUAUCAACAUGACGGUCAAAGAAACUCUCAUCUCCUCUCAGGCACAGAAGAAGCCAUGGAUCGAGACGCCGUUAAAGGAAUCUUACGCGCUGUCUCAAGCAGCUGGAUGUAAAGUCUUCCUCAAACUCGAAAACCUCCAACCAUCAGGUUCAUUCAAGUCUCGAGGCAUCGGCAACUACAUCCUCUGUCGCCUGGAGGAGUUGCCUGAUCGUAGUGCUCAGCCACACAUCUUCUCUUCCAGUGGUGGGAAUGCUGGACUUGCUGCCGUUCAUGCUUCUCGCACUCUAGGACUCCCUUGCACGGUUGUCGUUCCGCUGUCCACGAAGCCGUUGAUGAUCUCGAAGCUUAAGGCUGCUGGUGCGUAUGAAGUUAUACAGCAUGGACCGACGUGGAAGGAUGCAGAUUCGUAUUUAAGGAAGGAGGUUAUGGCCAAGGCCGGCUCUUCAGCUAUCUAUGCGCCUCCUUUCGACCACCCAGACAUCUGGACCGGCAACAGCACGCUCAUUGACGAAAUUGCGUCUCAACUUCCCGGACCAAGCGCCCAACCUGACGUGGUGAUCUGUUCGGUAGGCGGCGGGGGUCUCUUCAACGGUGUAUGCCAAGGCCUCGACGACCUGGGUAUGUCUUCCACUACCGUCCUUGCUCUCGAAACAGAUGGCGCCCAGAGCUUGAAUAAGAGCCUUGAGGCUGGCCAACUCAUUACUUUACCGGGCAUCACAUCUCAGGCCACAAGUCUCGGUGCGACACGAGUGACGCAACGCACAUUGGACUACGCGCUCCGGGAGAACGUGAGGAGCGUUGUGUUGCCCGAUGCCGAGGCUGCGAUGGGCUGUUGGCGGCUUGCGGACGAUGAGCGGAUUAUGGUGGAGAUGGCGAGUGGAAUUAAUGUUGCGCUGUGCUAUGAUGGACGGCUGGAGAGAGUGUUGGGGAGAAAGGUGAAGCCCGAGGAGAAGGUUGUUAUUGUGUUGUGUGGUGGGAGUAAUGUUACUGUUGACAUGUUGAGGGUGUGGAGGGAGGAAUUUGCUUUGGUGGAGGAGAGUUUGAGAAAUGGUAUUGGAGAGGUGCCGAGUCGGGUUACGGCACCGAAUGGGAACCACUAAGGGGCGUAAAAGGUGGUGAUUAGAGUAGAGCAUUUCCAUUUUUGGUAUAGAUAUGGUUGGCGUUUUUUUGUACUACAAGACCGUCCCAGAGCGUAAUCUAAGGAGUCUUCCUAUUAGUUGUCUGUCUCUUUCAAAUCUUUCAAACUGUUCCAUUC